CGAAAAGUCUGGAGUGCAGUUCAAAAAGCGGUUGACUGAUGGGAAAAUGAAGAAUAUUGCAUUCAUUUUAGAUCCUGAUGGAUAUUGGAUCGAGGUGAAUAGUUGUUGUUAAACAUGUCAAAUAUUUGUCAUAGUUUUGAAUUCUCUUAGGUUGUUCCGGGCGAUCUUCGACUCUAGGAGCUGCGAUGUAACGAGUUUUCAUUGUAACAAGCUGUCAAUCAAUCCAAUUAUCGCUAUGUAAACCCUCUUGCCCGCCGGGGCCGAGAGUGUACUGAACAUGGCGAACCUUUUUUCCGGGAGACCUCCCAGUAAUUACCCGCACCAUCCUGUUCAACAUCCGGGUUCGGCUAGCGUUUCGUUGAGCGCGCGGACACCUGCAAGAGAAAAAAAUCUGAUAAGUCAGCGAACCCGUAGCCGUCCAAGCCAACUCUACUGCGCCGAAUAUCUCAGCAUCGCCUUGCUGACAGAAGGAACAACUUGUGCAGGGAGACUACGAGACUUCUUCAGCUCGUUGCGCCAUUUCACCAUUUUCACCGCCAUCUUGAGGUCUUACGCCGAUGAAUACGACCCUAAUUCCCGCAUCCCUGGAACUUACCUCCCUCAUUCGGUCAGGAACUCGCCGGUUCCAUGCAGCCAACAGCCAACCUUGAUCUCGCAAUCGCAUCCAAUGACUCUACGGACACCUGUCCCCGCGAAAAGCCACACGCACAAUUUAUCUACAGGCAUCGCCGCCUGAAUGCGUGGCCCAACGAGUGAAAUCCCCGGCGGCAGCUGUGCAAAGGCUAGUUCAAAUGCAAUCUUAGACGUCUCGCACUU